CCCACCACCACCACCACACUCACAGUCCUCACAUCGCCAUGGCUGCUGCUAUCACCAGCUCGCUCAUCCGACAGCGGCGGCAGACGAAGGAGGGCAUCGCCGCCUCUUCAGCAGCCACCGCCUCUCACCACCACAACCACCACCACCACCACCACCACAACCACACCAACAACCACGUGAACAACAGGCGGCAGGGAGGCGUCGGGGUGACGAGUCCCUCGCGGACGCAGGGGGGGCAUGGUCUAGGGGGUCCGAGUGGGGGUCCCGGUGGUGGUGUAGGGGGUAGUAGUGGUGGUGGUGGUGGUGGUGGUUGUGGUGGUGGUGGGGGUGGUGGUGGUGGUGGUUCAGCACCCCCAGGGAGUCGAUCUCUCUCGGCCAUCGUCUCCAAGGUUCGCGUGUUCGGCAUCAAACGCAGGAGAACGAGACGACCGGAGCCCCAGCUCAAGGGCAUCAUCACGCGUCUCUACUCACGCCAGGGCUUCUACUUACAGUCGCUACCCGACGGAGUGGUCAGUGGCACCACGGAAGAGGCCUGCAGCUACGCACUCUUCAACCUGAUCCCCGUUGGACUCCGCAUCGUGGCGAUCCAGGGAGUGAAGUCGCGACUGUACAUCGCCAUGAACAAUGACGGACACGUGUACACGUCUGAACACUUCACGGCCGAGUGUAAGUUCAAGGAGUCGGUCUUUGAGAACUACUACGUCAUCUACUCGUCGACGCUGUACCGGCAACACGAAUCGGGCCGGGCCUGGUACCUGGGCCUCAACAAGGAGGGCGGCACCCUCAAGGGCAACCGCGUGAAGAAGACGAAAGCCGGGGCUCACUUCCUGCCCAACCCCCUCGAAGUUGCCAUGUACAAGGAGCCGUCCCUGCACGACCUCGCCGAGGUUCUCAUCCAAGGGGCCGAAGCCUCCAACGCCCCCUCCCCGUCACCCUCCACCGUCAUGAACGGCGGCAAGGCCAUGACCAAAACCGACUCCACGUAGGCCCCGUUGGCCUGCUGGCCUGCCGGCCUGCCGGUCAGCUAGCCUGCUGGCUCGCUGGCCUGCUGGCCUGCCGGUCAGCUAGCCUGCUAGCCUGCCGGCCUACCGGC